GCACUUGCGAGGGUGGUGGGACUGAGAGCAGAGCCUCCCCCGACAAUCUUAACCUCUGACGUUUGAUGUUUUAAACUGGUAUUCACAAGCCUUGCACAUCACUGUUUAGGAUGCUAUCCUUGUGCAUCCCACCCAAAGAAUACAUUCACUAAUGGGUCAGAAUUUGUGCCAGCAUAAUGCUCUAGUAAGACUUCAGCCAUAAAUGCAAAUAUGGAAUUUAAAUCUUAUAUCACAUUGGCAGGUAGAAACGAAGACUUGGGAGAGAUGCUACAUCGCUGGAUGUUGCUAAUAUUUGUUUGAUUUAUACUCCUUCCUCAUAAAAGCUCAAGCAGGCUAAUCUUACAGUAAAAGUUUAGUUCAAUUCACAACGUACUUAGAACCCUUAAAAUCACAAAUUUACAAAUCAAGCUGCCAGCUGAGCACAUCCUGUUAUAUCAAUGUUCUGAUUGUCCUGGCAUUUACUUUAUAUCAUAUCUCUAUUAACUACCAGUAUAUAAUGUAAUAGUUAAAAUUGUUAGAUAAUUGGAGGUGGCCAGAUGAACUCUCAUUUCAUACUUAGACAAUGCAUUUAUCUCCUGCCCUCAAACCUCCCUUUGCCCUUUAGCAAAGUAGAAAAAAUUGCUUUGCAAAGGUGGUUAACUUUUUCUGAGAAAUAUAAAUGGAGUAUACCACUGGGAAACACCUGAAUACUAUGGCUCUACAGUCUAAAUGCAGGCUACCUGGGAAUUAUAGAUAGGUGGGCGAGUUCAGUAGAUGUUGAUCCAUCAUUUUGUUGACAGUUCCUGACCUUUCACCAAGAUAACAUUCCAGAGUCUUUUAUGCACCUUGAAAAUGUAAUCUUAUAACUUUUCAUCAGCAGUUCCAAGGAAGAACAGAGCCUGGAUAUUUAGCUGAGCUACAGCAAGGAAAAGCAAAGCUUAAAAUACAUGGUUUCUUUUUGGACUACAUCUAGAUAUCCCUAGCCAGAAUUCAGAAGAUCAUAGUCCAACCAGUAAUUGUUCAAAGUUUUCUCUACUGUAUCUCAACCAAACUUUCAUGCUUCAUUUGUCUCUGGAUUAUGGGCGUUGUAGUCCAAAAAAAUAAUUUCCCCAAGAUUUGGUUGAUAUCCCUUUCCUUUCUCUUUAGAGACUGUUGGUUGUUUCUACUGAUACCUGCUGGACCAAAGUUUGCAUCAAGAUGACAGUUCUAUCUCUUAUGAAGUAUUUGAUGUUUGUGUUCAAUGGACUAGUGUUUGUUGCGGGCAUCACUCUCCUGUGUGUGGGCAUUUGGGUGAUCGCUGAUCCCGAAGGAGUCCGGAAUGUCAUCUCUAGCCCAUACCUCAGUGCAGGGGUUUUCCUUGUCAUCUUUGUAGGUGUGGCACUUUCAUUCCUUGGUUUCUUGGGCUGUUAUGGAGCCAUCGCUCGAAACAGGAAAGUGUUGUUGCUUUUCUUUCUGCUGAUACUACUUGUAUUCACUAUGGAAAUUGUAGCUGCUAUACUCAUUCACAUCCAUGGACAAAAGAUCCAAGAUGAUUUUUUGCUGAUUCAGCUAAAGCAGAAUUACCAAGGAGAUAACAGCUCUGAUGUGUUCUCCAGAACUUGGAACACCUUAAUGAUCAUGUUUGCAUGUUGUGGCAUUUCAGGACCUGAUGAUUUUCAGGAGUGUUCCUCUUUCCGGGAGAAGCAGCCGGGUGACUUGUGGCCUCACGCCUGCUGCACUCAUGCCAGUUUCAAAAAGAAGACUCAGCCUCUCGACUUGAAACACUGCAAACAACGAGAUCCUACAUUUAUCAAUAGUCAGGGCUGUUUCUCCACAAUUGCCAGGAUAUUGAAGAAAUAUGUCUCCAUUACUGAAGGCUGUUGUUUUGGAGUCAUAGCCAUUGAGGUGUUUGCCAUGUUCUUUUCAUGUUGCCUCUACCGCUACUUUGACUGAAAACACUUGCUUGGCUCUGAGGAAACAGAUUAUAUGGCAAAUUAAUUACCUGUGGACACAGCAUUGAAUUGUUCAAACCAGAAAUAUUAGCCUCCAAACCAAGGCUGGGCAGCUGCACCAGGGAUGGUAGCCAGUUUUCACCAUUGUGUCCCCGCCUACCAAAAGCUGUGCCAGUUUUCCUUAAGCUUUGUUACUUCUAGGUUUGAUUUAACGUUAUUUUCAGCUGACAUUCAGACAGUUUUCUUCAACUGGGGAAUUAAUAAAGCCAAACCAUUA